AUGAUGCGAAUGACUGGACUAAUCCUGAUGCUGGUGCUGGUGACGGCAGCCUAUGAGCAGGAUGAGAACGACGCCUUAUCUCCGAGGAGAGCGCGCUUCUCACCCAGCAGCCCGUCUGACGUGACCCGCUGCCUGAACGCCGCCCUACAGGUGGGCUGCAGUGCGUUCGCCUGUCUCGACAACUCCACCUGCAACACCGACGGCAUGCACGAAAUCUGCAAGUCCUUCCUCCACGGCGCCGCCAAAUUCGACACCCAGGGCAAGACCUUUGUGAAGGAGAGCCUGAAGUGCAUCGCCAAUGGCAUCACCUCCAAAGUGUUCCUCACAAUCCGCCGCUGCUCGUCCUUCCAAAGCAUGAUCUCAGAAGUUCAGGAGGAGUGCUAUAGCAAACUAGGCCUCUGCUCUGUCGCCCAGAGCAACCCAGAGGCCAUGGGAGAGGUGGCCCAGGUGCCCAGCCAGUUCCCCAACAGGUACUACAGCACUCUGCUGCAGAGCCUCAUGCAGUGUGACGAGGACACAGUGGGGCAGGUGAGGGCGGGGCUGGUGUCCCACCUGGAGCCAGAGAUGACUGCGCUGUUCCAGCUGUUCCAGACAAAGACCUGCCCCCCUAGCAGCGCUGCGGAAACCGGGCCAGCAGGGCCAGGAGGCAACGGGGGCUGGCGCUGGCCCAUGGGGCCGCCCAUGUUCAAGAUCCAGCCCAACCUGCGCACCAGGGAUCCCACCCACCUCUUUGCGAAGAAACGCUCCACCAGCUCCUAA